CCUUCACCUCCUAUUUGAGAGUUCUAUAACUACCGAAGCGAUACUUUCUUUGGAUUGCACAGUUGCUUUGCACUCCCGAUCAUUGUGAUGCUGACCGAAAUAACAGCCAGGCUCCACCUCCACCCUCACCCUCCCCCAAACUCUCAAAACAAAUCACCCGCCUCUCUACCAUGCUCGUACCCUGUUUUGCACACCAUCUCUACCAGCAGUACCGAUGGAGCUUCCCGUACAAUCAGCCUCACACCCGAGGAGCCAACCCAACCGAUCGGUAGAAGCAGUAGAAACAAAUCUAAGGGAUUGUUUGCCGCUAGGAAUAAUGGUUUCUUCGAGUCGGCCGUUAUGAGUCGCUCGCAUGCGGAGGUUCGGCUCCUCGUACCGUCCCGAAAGGUAAGCCGAGAUUACUGGGUUACUUUUAUCCUUACUCCCCCUUCUGCGAGUGUUUUGAAUGGUUAUUUUGGGGGAUCGGAAUUUUCAUAUGAACUGCAUUUUAGGUGGUGGGGUUUUCUUGGCUUUCCUUAUCUUGCUCGCGCUUGCCUACAUAUUGUCUGGCUUUCGGUUCUUGUUGCUCAUAUUAUCUCCCCGCUUCUGAACGCUUCUUUAUUAGCUCCUCACAUUUCCCCAUUUCGUUGCCCAUUGCGUCCUGAUUACCACCACUACAAAUCUCAUCCUUUUUAAAUUCUUUCCUCGCCCCACUUUUUCCCUCUGUGCUAACAACUGUUUGACCGUCUGUGUAGAUAGUUAUUAAGGAUAUGAAAUCGAUGCACGGCACCUACGUUAACGGCCUCCAGCUUGCUGGGGAUGAAACCGCGGAGUUGACGGAUGGGACAGAGGUUACAUUUGGUUCAGAGGUCACUAGAGGUGACGAAAUUUUCCCUCCGAAAACAUUCCGGUGCGGUGUUGAGUGGGAAGAGAUACCGUGAGUUUUUUUUUUUCCUCUCUGCGGUUGUUCGCUGUCUUUCUUUCUUUUUUUUUUCUACGCUCGGGUUUACUGAUACCACGUGUCUUGUCCUUGCAGCCUCUCGAAACCUGUUGCCGAAUCUGAACCGGCAUCUGAAACGCCCAAGAGUCGAGGGGGUUAUGGCAUAUGUGAGGAUCUUCUGAUAUCGGACUACGAAGUUUCCGGAGAAGAAGGAGAUGGGGAGGAGGAUGACGAAUUAGACCCCAAGUACCCCAAGUUUCCUCGUCUGGGAGAAGAGAAAGCUUCGGGGUCUGUGGUUUCUAUUUCUGGCGCUAACUCUGCUGUCCCGAAACCGGGACAAGCAACCUGUGUUGGGGCAUCAACGUCACACAUGAUGCCCGAUGAUGAGCUUCCCAUUAGUCAUGAACGCAGCACAAAGGAUAUGUCGGUCGAAUCAUUGACUCAAUCGAAGGACCGUGUGUUGCAAUUGAAGAGGAAAGUUGAUGAGAUGACUGGCUCGGGGGAGAGAGAUGUGGUUGAGGUCAAUGCUGAACUGGUGGAUAUUGAAAUUUGCGAUGCACCUGCUAGGCCCGGAGUCACCAUCGGGAGUCUGAUGAACCAGGCUCAGGAAUCCUCAGUCUCUCGGAAUGAUAAGAGUAAGAACGUUAUGAACGAAUCCAAGGGUUCGAAUAAGCCCGCCCCUGAAUGCCUUGUGAUCGAUGACGAGGAAAGUGAUCUUGAAAUUAUACCUGAAGAAACCUUCAAGCGUUACCAGCACACCUCCAGAGCGCAGGAGCAUAAUGAGAAUUCGGACAUUGAGAAUUCGGACAUGGACGAGUCGGACGAUGAGGAUGCUAGCUGUCGUGCUCAUGUCCGUAGUCGUCGGUUCAAUUAUGUAUCGUCUGAUGAGUCUGAUGAGAAUGAGGAGGAGGAGGACGAGGAGGACGAGGAGGAGUUAGAGGAGGAAGAGCAAGAUGAGGAAGAUGGGGAUCAUCAUGAGAGUGAUGUUGGGGAGUAUGCAGGGAGGGCUUCCACGACAAACGAUACUACGGAUAUCACUAUGGUGGCUGAUAAUCUCUAUUCACCGAAUGCUCCUACGCCAAUGUCUCCUCCAGAGAUUUUGAGCUCAAAACCUCAGGUUGUGACCGCACCUUUGGGCGGUAUUUCCCAAUCUAAGACGAACUUUGCGCCAUUUGAGGAGCUGGCGAAUGCGGCAGUUGCUGCACAAAACGGGAGUGAUUCUUCUAACAAGCCCAGUGGAAGUGCAGUCACAUCGGCAGCUAUUUCAGAGCCUCCCACUCUUCCGCCCCUCACUAUGCUACCAACCGAGGCGGUGGCCAAGAAGACGCCGUCUGGUGCAUCUCAUAUUCAUUGGUUCCCGGAAGAUCCACAAGUGCCAACUGAUACCUUCCAGAAGCGAUAUGGCAACAGUUCCAUGGAACAAAAGAAGGAGUAUUUUACUGCUAGACAGAUAAACCUUGCGAAUUUAGCUAAUAGGCCUAAUGAUGUGUUAUCUUACUUGAGCCCGGUUCGUGGGAACUCCAAAUCGCCUGGUGUAUCGCAGCCGCUACCCCCGACUUCUUUGCCCUGGGUUCAGACCUUCAAGACAGCUGAGGGGCCUAAAGAGCCCACUGGAUUGUUCCCUAAGGUCUGGGAAGAUCGGCAGCAAGAUUCGACUCAAGCACCAGGACCCAAAAGUGAUAAGCCACCCGCGCCAUCUCCACCGCCGCCAACUGUCACUCCUCAAGCCAAGAAACUGCUCGAAGAUGCUGUGGCUGAAGGGGAAAAGUUUCGGGGACUUGAUAAGAGCGCAUGGUGGUUGGGUGAUGAAACUGAGCUCUCAAUCGGCGAAGCAAGUGACAUGGUCUGGGAUGAUGAGUAUUGCAACGACGAAGAUGGGGAAUAUGACGAAGAAGACGAGGAAGAGGAUGAGGAGGAAGAUGGAAAUACAUCUGACGAUAUCCUUUCACAAGAGAUGGCUGACGGGAUAGUAGAAUAUGAGGAUGAGGAUGAGGAUGAGGGGGAUGAUGUGAUGGAGGAAGAGGAGGGUGACACCGAUCCUCGUCAUCCCACCUGCGCUUGGUUCGGCCAACGUAAGGCCUUCGACACGUGCUAUGAGCGUUACCCUGUUUACCACCCCAAUGUCGCACCGGCCGGGCGAACUAGUGUCUGUGAGGCAAGCAGAGGUGACUUUAGUAAAUCACGCGGCUUCUCUAUUAGCAAUCUUGUCCACGAAAACAAUGGCCCUCUUACGCCUCCUGGGCCCUUGAUGGUAGCAACUGGUACUUUCUAUCCUCCGCCCCCUCAACAAUUUAGCCGAUAUAGAUACCAGGUUGACGCGUUUUAUGGGAUAGCAUCACCCCCACCCCCUGGCCCAUCUACAAAUGGCCUAAUCAGCCCCCCUACCGAGGCUAAGAAGGAUAAGUCCGUGGCCGAUCUCCUCAACCCCUCUUCUCCACCAACUGGAUCCAAGCGCAAGCACUCGCAGCUAUCUGAUAUCACCCCCGAAGAGAAAUCUCAAGAGGAGGAGGAAGUUGCUCACAGCGGCCCUGAAAACAUGGAUGAGACGGAUGACGAUGUUGAAGAAGAGGAAAAAAUGGAAAGUAUAAACAAUGUUUCCACCCAAGAGUUGGCCAUGCUCUUCCCCGGAAGGAAUGUUCAAGCCCUCGAGGAGGAAAUGGAGACAAUCACUUUGGAGCCCGCUUUGCCAACACCCAAUGGAACAUCUGACAACGAGGAGGAGGUUGUUCAAGAUGGGGAAGAGGAAGAGGAGCGUCCAAGGAAACGGGCCAGAACUGCGAGGCCAAAGAAGCAGUUUGCAAAGCUCGCCGCUACCGCCCUUGCUGGAGCAAUUGUCGGGGGUGUCGGUGUGUUUGCAGCGUUGGUUGCUAGCGCCCCCUAAUUUUAGACGUUGUAGUAUCCCGAAGGCUCUUUUCACUCGUGAUCUCUUUCUCUAUUCUUAAGGCGGUAAUGAUUUUCUUUUGUCACAUCUGUUCCUCUUCAAACUCAGGGCGGCCCAAUUGCUUUUUUUUUCUGUUUUGGUUUUCUGUUUACUGUCACGAGAAGUCUUUGAACACGGCCUCUUACAUCACGUUACGGGGAUUUUGCCCCUCGGCUCUCCUGUCUUUCCUUUUCCAUCGUUCAUGUUUGCAAGCUGUAUCUUCCUUACUCGCAGUGAUCGGGGGUAGGGUUAGCCAGUCGGUAUCGGUCGGGUGUAUUUUUGUCCUUUUUGUCUCUUAUUCGACCUGUCACCGUUCCACCCUCCCGAAACAAAUACUCACACACACAGACAUACAUACUUUUACGGGGAUUAUUUACCUGGAGCACGGUGGGCCGGGGUGUCUAUGCUUUUGUUGGUUUUCUUUGGUGUCUCGCUUUCCCUUGCUCUCAAGUUCUUUCCUCCCAGAUGGCGUGUAAAUGAAAAAUGUGCAAGGGAAAUCAAUUAUUGGUCUGGGGAAAGAGGGAUUUGGCUCUCAUUUCAUUUUCGAUUCACUCCUCUUUCCCUUGAUUUUUGAUUUUUCCUUUCCUCCGAUAUGCAGGUGAUUAACUUAGGAUAUUACUGCCUUCUCUAACUUGGUUAGCUAUGGCUCUCAUUUCAUUUGUUUCGCUUUGUUUCGCUUCGUCUUAUUUUAUAGUGGGACUGGUUCGACACCAUUUAUAAAAUUGAAAAAUCACUUAUGGUG